ACCACGUGGUUAUUUGUAGAGAGAGAGAGAGAUUUGAGACAGUCAGCCUUCAUUUCAGCCCAGUCUUCAUCAACAUGGAUGUUUUGACUGAUCAAGACGUGCAAAAGUUCCGGGAUGAGGGUUAUCUGGUGCUGGACGACCUUCUAUCUCCAGAGGAGUGUGAUGCUUUACGAGGACGCAUGAGUGAGAUAAUUGAAAGCAUGGACGUUCCUGAACACUGCAGGACACAGUUCUCCACCGACCAUGACGAGCAGCUGAAGACGCAGGGAAACGCAGACUAUUUCAUCACCAGUGGAGAUAAGAUCCGUUUCUUCUUUGAGAAAGGAGUAUUUGAUGAUAAAGGAGAGUUCAUCGUGCCGAGAGAACAAUCCCUGAAUAAAAUCGGCCAUGCUCUGCAUGCUUAUGAGCCGCUGUUUAAAAGAGUCACCCACUCACCCAAAGUCCAAAACAUCUGUAAAAAGCUUGAGCUGAUAAAUCCAGUCAUUCUGCAGAGUAUGUACAUCUUCAAGCAACCCGGGAUUGGUGGAGAAGUGACUCCUCACCAGGACGCCACUUUCCUGCACACGCAGCCUCUGGGGCGAGUCAUGGGCGUCUGGGUGGCGCUGGAGGAUGCCAUGCUGGAGAACGGCUGUCUGUGGUUCAUCCCCGGGUCACACAACGAUGGUAUAACCAGGCGAAUGGUGCGGACGCCUAAAGGCACGUUUCCUCUGACUGAUUUCAUUGGCCGAGAGAAGGAUUAUGAUGACAAGCUGUUUGUUCCUGCUCCUGUUAAAAAAGGUGGAGCAGUUCUGAUUCACGGUGAAGUAGUCCACCGCAGUGCCGCAAACACCUCUGACGCCUCACGCCACGUUUACACCUUCCACAUUAUGGAGUCUGAAAACACCGUCUGGAGCCCUGAGAACUGGCUGCAAGCAACAGAUGAGCUGCCCUUUCCUUCCCUUUACACCUAAAACAUACAAAUAUCAGCAAAUGAGGCCUCAAAUACACUUGGAAAGACAAUAAUGAGCCUUUUUAAUGCCUGGACAACAUCAUCUAUUGAAAUAUUUUUGUAAAUGGACCACUCUUACCCUAAAAUGUGAAACGUUUUUAAUCAUUCUGUAUAUUUUACACACAUACCAUAACAGUGUUAAUAAAGGCUAGUUUUUAUUAACCAAAGA